CAAAAGCAAGAUUCUCCUGCAUGGCUUCUGAUCCCUUCAACCACCCCAGCCGCAGCUCCUCCUCUUUCAUCCUUGUGGGUGUCCCCAGCCUGGAAGCUUUCCCCACCUGUCUGGGCAUCCUUUUCUGCUCAGGCUAUAUCAUUGCCUUGGUAGGAAAUGGUGUAGUUUUGCUUGUCAUUGGGGUGGAUAGGUCCCUGCGUGACCCCAUCCACUGCUUCCUGGGCAUGCUGGCGGUCAUUGAUGUGGUGAUGGUGACAUCCAUCAUCCCCAAGAUGCUGAGCAUAUUCUGGCUGAACUCCACUGAGAUUGGUUACAUGGCCUGUUUCGUUCAGAUGUUCCUUGUUCACUCCACAACAUCAGGGGAGUCGGGAGUGCUCCUGGCCAUGGCUGUUGACCGCUACGUUGCAAUUUGUCACCCCCUCAGGUACCAAGCCAUCCUGAAUCGUCGAAAAAUUGCCCAAAUAGGCCUGGCUAUUGUGGUGAGAGCUCUGCUUUUCAUGGUGCCCUUGACAGGGAUGGUGACAAACCUCCCCUACUGCCGUUCCCGUGUGGUUCCCCAUUCGUACUGCGAACACAUGGCCGUGGCGAAGCUGGCGUGCGCAGACCCCAGACCCAGUGGGCUUUACAGUGUGGCUGGGUCCUCUCUUAUAGUAGGGAUGGACAUGGCUUUCAUUGCUGUGUCCUAUGGGAUGAUCCUUAAAACUGUCCUGGGGAAGAAAUCGUGCUGGAAGGCCUUCAGCACCUGCGGGUGUCAUAUCUGCGUGAUGCUGCUGUAUUACAUCCCCGGGAUAGUCUCCAUCUAUGCACAGCAGUUUGCCAGCGGCAUACCCAUGCAUGUACAGGUGCUGCUGGCUGAUCUCUACCUGACCCUCCCCACCACACUGAACCCCAUCGUUUACAGCAUGAGGACCAAGCAGAUCCGUCAGGCAGUGCGCAAAAUGCUAUUUUCCAGGAAGGUUCAUGCCUGACACAGUAGUCAGUGGCUUUCCAGGUGUAUUCGUCUAUGCAAAGACAGCAGCGAUUUCAUUCCCACUGAAGGCACAUGGUAAACAGAAGCAAUGAAAGGAGGGAGGACUUGUUGGCUUUAAUGACCGCAUGAGACCCUGUGCUCUGAUGAGACUUAUUUGGGACUGAGAGCAUGAGCAAAUACCAGGUACUAUUUCCCUUCCUUCCUUCCAGGUGUUACAGAGAAGUAAGCAGCCACCUUUGAGUUUUGAGAUGUUCCCAAUGCCAUGAACAACCUGUGAUAAUUUAAAGCAGGAUUUCAGGGCUCCAGGUAUAUUUGUGUCAAUACACAGAUUCUAUUCCAAAUGCGGAAAUUUCUUCUAUGGUGUCUUCUUUAGUCCCUGCCGGACUAUCAGGGCUAGCAAUAGGAGACUGUCACACAUUGCAGGUGCUGCAGCCAGGGUCUCCUCUCUGGGCUUCUCUUGCACAAAAGGCUGUCCCUCAGUGAGCACAGACCAGCUUUUCUGCAUUUCUGGGUGAUGAGGAAAACUGAACAUAUUCAAAACUGAGCUCUUCAAAGCAUUCUGUCCAUCUGACAGUUCACACCAGCUGGGUGAGGAAACCGAAGUGGGGAGAUGCACAGUGGUGUUUAUCACUGUAUCUAGGUGUCCGCACCUUGUAGUGGUGGAAAUAAACACUGAAUGUGCUUGGGGGUACUUAUCAAUCCUGUGUCUGCUUGUUGUAAUGACCACAAGUCUGUGAAUAACUAAAUUGAGCAUGUCUUGGAGGCCUGAAGUACAGCAUGCUGUAGGUCCUGAGGCCCGACUAACUCUUGCUGCCAGUAGACCAGCUGCAUCCCAGACUUUUCUGAGCUAGCCAGCUAUGUCCUACCAGGAUUCACAGGCUCUGUCUGGGGGCUGCAGCACCGAACCAUGCUGAGACUUCCCCAGGUACAAGGGCCCUCCUGUUCUGGAAGCUGGGAUCCAGCUGGGAAUGACCCAGACAAGUCAGGUCCCUCCAAAAUGGCAGGUUUUAUCUGGAAACUGCAGGCACAAGGAGUCCUUCUGAGGCUCUACAGCUUAGCAUCAGCAGAAGGAAAGUCCAGCUCUGACCUGGGAUAAGGAGAUACUCUGCAGGCAUUAUUUUGAACUGGUACUGGAGGCUCCCUGGGAGAGGUGCAGUUUCAGUGAACAUGAUGAUACACAUCAACAGCAACUAUCCAAAGUACCAACACCAACAACUCGUAUUCCCAUACCUUGCCUUUCUUCAGUAGUAAGAGGUUCAGCGGGUUCAGAGGUUCAGCCACCCACAAGGGUUCCUGCUCCUCAGAAAUGGAGGAUGCUCCAGUGACAGAGGGAUGGAUGCUCUGCACCCACUCUGCAGGGAUGCUCCUCCUGGGGUCAGGCUGAAGUCUUCUGAGACUCAGUAACACCUAAAGUACAAAGAGUCAAUGUUUUGGGACAAAAGCAGCAGGCUGGUGAGCAUUUGCCCAGGGUGUUUUGCCAGGGUUAUGCGACAGCUCCCAUAAGGAUGUUUAAGAUAUGCAAGUGAUGAAAUAGAGAUAAAUCAGCAGAGGUGAAUGGCUGUGUCUCAGCAGUGCUCAUGGUCCUCUGCUUCGGGGGGGGGGAGAUUUUCAUCCAGAAAGAGGAGCCAUUAUGCCACUUGGGUCUGAGGGUGGAGGAGGAGCAGAGGGAUGAAGUUGGGGGACUGUCUCCAUUAACACAAGGAUUCAGAAUGAAAGCAUACAGAGGUGGCAUGUCUCCUCUGACAGCAAAGGAGUGGGACAACUCUCAUCCUCCUCAGACACAUUCAGGGCAGAGGUCCACACGGUCAUCACCAUCUCCCUUAUAGUCAUGGCAAUGAAAAAGGCAGGUGCAGCAUAAUUCCUCUGACCUAUUUCAGAUAUCAGCUUCAGGUUGG